AUGUCUGAUUACGCUGCAUUCCAAACUUUGUUGUUACAACUUCAAAGCUCGGAUAACGAAUCUCGUACACGUUCUGAGACGGCGUACGAUGCCAUUACACCAACAACUCGAUUCACUCUGCUCCUCCAAGUGUUAAAUGACAAGAGUAUUGUCUCUCAGUCUCGACAUAUGGCUGCGAUUCUCGCACGCCGGCUACUAGUCAAUGAUUAUGGUUCAGCAUUCUUGCCUCUUCCAGUCGAAGCAAAAAAUUCAGCUAAGCAACAGCUAGUUUUAAUCUUAGUUCAUGAAAGAGAACAAUUAAUGCGCAGAAAAGUAGCUGAUCUGAUCUCCGAACUGGUUCGAAUGCAAUCCGAUGAUGAUGGUAAUUCUGAAUGGCCAGAAUUCACUUCCAUUUUGCUUGAAUGGUCAAAUUCACCUGAUUCCGGGUUACGCGAAAUCGCCUGCCACAUUUUUGGAUCAGUCCCAUCAUUAUUUGGAAACCAACAGGCACAAAGCAUAGGGAUUAUUGGUCAGUUUCUGGUCAGGGCUAUUUCUGACCCUUCAAGUUCAGAGCUUAGAGCUGCAGGGUUGCGUGCCUUAGCUGCCUUUACUGUUCAAAAUGCAACUGAAGACUCUGUACUUCAAUCUCUCCGAGAAUUGGUUCCCGUUGCACUACAGGCUAUUGCUACUGCUAUCCAAACAGAUUCAGAAGAUGAUACACCUCUAAAAGCUUUAGUUGACAUUGCAGAUGCUGCGCAUAAAUACUUAAGACCUUAUCUAGCGCCUACAUUGGAGUUAUGCUAUAAGAUAUUGUGUAACGAAGAGCUUGAGGAAACACAAAGACAUCUAGCCUUGGAAGUGAUUGUUACACUAGCAGAAAAUAUACCAGCAGGUGUACGAAAGUCAGCCAGUUUAAUCGAGUCUCUUGUCGGAACAUUGCUCAACAUGAUGUCAGAAGUUGACGAAGAACCUGACUGGGCUGAUGCUGACACUGCAGAAGAGGAGGAUGACAGUAGUAAUGCUCUCACGGCGGAACUUGCGCUUGACAGGUUAUCAUGUGCUGUAGGUGGUCAACAUAUCCUAAAUGAAAUCCGUCGAUCUGUCCCAAAUAUGCUGCAAAACGCUGACUGGAAGCGACGGUAUGCUGGAUUAAUGGCAAUUUCCGCAUGCAGUGAAGGGAGCAGCAAACAGAUGGAGACUAUGCUUGGUUCCAUAUUAGAUGCCGUCCUCCCUCGUCUUAGUGAUCCGCAUCCACGUGUUCGAUAUGCAGCUUGCAAUUCUGUUGGACAAAUGGCAACGGAUUUCGGCCCAAAACUACAAAAAACUCAUCACAGUACUGUGCUCCCAGCAUUAGUCCAAACACUUAACGAUACAGUGCCUAGAGUACAAGCCAAUGCUGGGGCUGCUCUAGUCAAUUUCUGUGAGAAAGUACCACAGCACAUUCUGGUAAAUUACUUGGAUGAUCUGGUUUCCAAACUCGAACAAAUCAUGAAUUCCAAGUUUCAGGAGAUGGUGGAGCAUGGUCGCAAGUUAGUGCUCAUGCAAAUAGUAACAACUGUGGCAUCUGUUGCUGAUGCAGCUGAAAAGAAGUUCUUACCGUAUUAUGAUCGCUUUAUGCCAGUUCUUAAGUAUAUAAUGGAAAAUGCUAUACACAAAGAUUUACGUCUAUUGCGUGGUAAAACUAUUGAGUGUAUAAGUCUUAUUGGAUUGGCUGUUGGAAAAGAAAAGUUUAUUCAGGAUGUCGGUCCGGUAAUGAAUCUAUUACUUCAAACUCAAACUCAAACGGAUUCUGAAUCAUCAGAUGAAGAUGAUCCUCAAGCUUCUUAUAUGAUUAGCGCUUGGGCACGAAUCUGCAAGCUAUUGGGUCGUGAUUUCGAAAGUUAUCUUCCUGUUGUUAUGCCACAAGUAUUACGCUCUGCCUGUGUAAAACCUGAGAUAUGUAUCCUCGACAAUGAUGAAGCAGACGAUGUAGAAUCGGAUGUUGAUUGGCAAGUUGUAAAAUUGGGAGAGGACCGUAAUUAUGCAAUUCGUACAAGUGGACUAGAAGACAAAGCAACAGCUUGCCAGAUGCUGGUUUGUUAUGCACGUGAAAUGAAGGAGAGUUUUGCUCCUUAUUGUCAACAAGUUUUGGAUAUUAUGGUCCCGUUGCUUGACUUCUAUUUUAAUGAUGAAGUUCGUAGUGCUGCUGCCGAAUGCUUACCUUUUCUUCUUAGUAGUAUGAAGGUUAAGCAACCAGAAUUGGUAAAAGCUGCCUGGGAACGUGUACACAAAAGUCUUAUACGAGCAGUAACCAGCGAACCUGAACGUGAUGUUGUAGCAGAUCAUCUACAAGCACUUGCAAAUUCUAUCGAAGCAGUUGGAAAGACUUACGUGACAAGUGAUCAAUUAGCUGAAAUUCGAAAACUGUUAGAUCAUUUGUUUCAUGAACAUUUUGAAAAAAGUGACGAACGUCUUGCACAACGACAGAAUGAAGAUUAUGAUGAAUUCGAAGAAGAACGCCUGUUAAGUGAAAAAGAUGAAGAUGAAUAUGUUUUAUCAAAAAUGUGUGAUAUUGUUCAUUCCAUUUUCGCUGCUUUUGGUGUUGAAGCACUUCCUUUCUUUCAACAACUUAUGGUAUUCUGUGUCAAACUCCUGGAACAAAAUCGUCCUUGGUCAGAUUUGCAGUGGGGCAUCUGUUUAUGGGAUGAGGUAAUUGAAUUUACUGGAACACAGAGUUGGCAAUUUCAUCAAUUCUUCUUGCCUACAUUUGUCCAAGCUGUACAUCACCAGCAACCGGAUGUUCGCCAAGCUGUUGUUUAUGGGAUCGGUGUAGCUGCUAUAAAAGGCGGUCCUGAGUAUAAUCAAAUAUUGUCUGAUUUUGUUGGACCACUUAUACAGCUUAUUGAAGCCCCAGAUUCAAAGUCUGAAGAAAACAAUUUAUGCACCGAAAACGCAAUUAGCGCUGUCACAAAGAUUAUGAAAUAUCGACCUGAAUGUUUACCGCCAGCGCUAGGAGGUAUUGACGCUUUGAUCGUUCGAUGGUUAGGUUGGCUUCCUAUAUGUGAUGAUACUGUAGAGACUGAACAUGUAUACGGCUAUCUAUGUGAUCUUAUUGAAGCCAAUAAUCCUGUUGUUAUUGGGCCGGAUAAUUCCAACCUACCCCGUAUCGUUCGUGCUAUCGCUGAAUCUAUGUCUACUGGCGGCUUGUUUGAUACAAAUGCUGAAGAAAAUCGAUCGAAAUUGGAAACGGUUAAUGAGACUAGUGGUUUCAAUCAGCAAAACGGUUUGGAAAAACCUUCCGCUUAUCAACGAUGUGUAUCCAUACUGCGCCACAUACAAUCUAAUUCAUCUUUGGUAGAGGUUUGUGUCAGUCAGUUAAAUGAAGAACAACGUAAAGCUCUUGGAAUUGCUUUAAUGGGUCAAUAAUAUGAAUAAGAUAGACCAUUUCAUAAAAUUAAUUUUAUGCCUAUUCUGAUUGUUUAUAAACGUGGAUAAAUUUAAUUUAUCAUUCUAAUUAAUAUCUUUACUAUUUCCCUCUUUAUAGAGAAGUAUACUACAUUAAUUUAUUAAUGUUUUGUAGAUCUUGUAAAUUAUUCCAAAAAGUGUAGAAUAAGCACUUCCUAUUUGAAAAGAAAAUAUUUUUUUCUCUCUCUCUUCUAUCUGCAUGGAUAUUUCAGUUUUUUGUCUACUUUGUUAUGGUCUUCUAUAAACUAAAUUGUAUGCGUACCACCGAAGUCUUUUUUUUAAUUAAACCAAUCAGAUUCAAAUUAUGACAUUGUUUGACGCUUAAUAUGUAUCGUAUUUGUUCAUAUAUGUAUUGGUAUCUGUUUCAGUGUUUUUCUGAAUUACUUUUCUCAUGUGCUUUCCUCAUAUAGAUUUUCCAUUGGAUCAGGAUAAUAAAUGUAACAUAUGUGGUUUAAUUUAAUUAACCGUUUUCAUUUCAGCCAGUACUUCAAUAUUCAUGUAUGUUUUAAUCUGAUGCUGUUAGUCAUAAAUAAAGUAAGCUUAGCUGGUUGGUCAUUCAUUGUUUUUGUUGUUACUUCGGUUUUUCAUCCGUUAUUCAUUAAUUGGCAUCUCGUAAAUUUAAAAGUUUACAGGAGGAAAAUUUAUUUGUUCAUUUCUAUGUAGCAGCAUUGUUAAAUACAAAAUGUCUAUCUCGUCUCCCUGUUACUAACAAUAGUGGUAUUGAGCCUGUCAUUAAUUUUUUUCCAAAGAAGAACAAGUCUUAAGUUAGUUCUAGUUACAUCGAAACUGUAAUGUAUGUCUUAGUUCAGAGGGACCAAGCAUAUUUGCUGUUAAAGGUGACUUCAAAAUUUUCGAAUUAAUGAACAGUUUUCAAUUGUUUAAAAUGAAGCAUUAAUUGAAAAGAUUGUACAUUUAUUAGAUUCAGCUGAACUUUCAGAAGAUGGUGUAUCCAAAGAUCAUAUUUUCGAAGCAUCAAUUACUCAGUACGUAAUGCUCCAUUCCGAAAUAGAAUUAAUUUUCUCUCUCGAUAGUUAUAGCACUUAUUUCCUAUUGUUCAGUCAGCAUCAACAGUGAAAUUGCUUUCCGUGUUGAUUUUUGUUUGUGAUAAUCAUCAAAUAUUCCGAUUUCAAUAGUUGAGUUUCAGUAAAUUGUAACAUUCAAGACGAACAAAACAAUCUCAUACUCUUAAGAAUUCAAUAAAUAGUAAUAGCUAAGCAAGUUAUUCCACAUUAUAUUCGAUGUAUUCCAGGCACUACUAAUUAAAAAAUGGCACCAGUCAAUCUUGAAGUGAAAAACGUGUGUAAGCACAUUACUCUGUAACAUUUUUGAAGUCCAGUGUGAAGGGAAUUAUGUUUUACGAGUACAUAACUUAUAUCCGGAUUAUUCAGCCAUAGUAAACGUAGUACUCAUCAAAAAUUGUCAUCGGCUCGGGUUGUCACUCUAAAUCAGGACAAUGAUCUAGUGGACUGAUAAAAAAUCUAAUGAUCAGUGCAUGUGUUUGGCCAGUAAGUGGUUUCAUUUUCUAAGGAAUAAACGUGUGUAAAUGAUUGCUUAUUUAUGCACAGUGCGUUCUAAAGUCAUUAUUAGUCUGUUAGACUAAAUAAACA